CAUCUGUACAGUCGGAUAUAAAAACCAGGAAAAACGGGAAGCGUUAACUGUCGCGUAAACUGGCCUUCGAGAGCGGACCACAUUGGUAGGAGCAAGGAGUAAACGGGGAUCAGGAGAAAAUGGAGUCCCAGCACAUCUGGGUCGUGGUGGUACUGAGCUGUCUGCUCUACAGGUCGUUGGCUCACGACGACUUCUUCACCUCCAUCGGUCAGAUGACCGAUCUGCUUUAUACCGAGAAGGAUCUGGUCACCUCCCUGAAGGACUACAUCCGUGCUGAGGAGAACAAGCUGGAACGGGUCAAAAAGUGGGCAGAGAAGCUGGACGUGCUGACAGCCACGGCCGCACAGGAUCCUGAGGGUUUCCUGGGUCACCCGGUCAACGCCUUCAAACUGAUGAAGAGGCUGAACACAGAGUGGGGAGAGCUGGAGAGCCUGGUCCUGAAGGAUAUGUCUGAUGGCUUCAUCUCCAACCUGACCAUCCAGAGGCAGUACUUCCCCAAUGACGAUGACCAGACCGGGGCUGCCAAGGCCCUGCUCAGGCUGCAGGACACCUACAGGCUGGACACCGAAACCAUCGCCACCGGCAACCUGCCUGGCCUGAUGUACAAGAGCUCCCUGACGGCAGAGGACUGCUUCGAGCUGGGCAAGAUCGCCUACUCGGAGGCGGACUACUACCACACAGAGCUGUGGAUGGCCCAGGCCCUGAAGCAGAUCGACAAGGGCGAGGAGUCCACCCUGGACAAGGUCACCGUGCUGGACUACCUCAGCUACUCCAUCUACCAGCAGGGGGAGCUGGAGAGGGCCCUGGAACUCACCAAGAAGCUGCUCAAAUUGGACCCCGAGCACCAGCGCGCCAAAGGCAACCUCAAGUACUUUGAGUACCAGCUGGCCAAGCAGAGGAAGGCAGAGGCGGAGCGAGGCACCAAUCAGAACGACAGCUUGCAGCGCGAGAAGAGAGACAGCGACGGGAAGAAGGACCGGACGGCGUCCCAGAUCCCCGAGAGGCAGAAAUACGAGAAGCUGUGCCGGGGAGAGGGGCUCAAACUGACUCCCCGCAGGCAGAGCCGCAUGUUCUGCCGCUACUUCAACAACAACAGGCACCCGCGCUACCUCCUGGGCCCCGUCAAGCAGGAGGACGAGUGGGACCGCCCGCGCAUCGUCCGCUACCACGAAGUCCUGUCCCACAGCGAGAUCGAGAAGGUGAAGGAGCUGGCCAAGCCCAGGCUAAGGCGCGCCACCGUGCAUGAUCCCCAAACUGGGAAACUCACCACCGCCCAGUACAGAGUCUCCAAGAGUGCCUGGCUGGCUGCCUAUGAGCACCCGGUGGUGGACAGGAUAAACCAGCGCAUCGAGGACAUCACGGGCCUGGACGUCAAAACCGCAGAGGAACUGCAGGUGGCCAAUUACGGUGUUGGCGGCCAGUAUGAGCCUCACUUUGACUUUGGACGGAAAGACGAGCCGGAUGCCUUCAAAGAUCUGGGCACUGGGAACCGCAUCGCCACCUGGCUCUUCUACAUGAGUGAUGUUACAGCAGGGGGCGCCACAGUAUUUCCAGAAGUUGGCGCUGCAGUUUGGCCUAAAAAGGGCACAGCAGUGUUUUGGUAUAACCUCUUCCCGAGCGGGGAGGGAGAUUACAGCACACGGCACGCCGCCUGUCCAGUGCUCGUGGGCAACAAGUGGGUUUCUAAUAAAUGGAUCCACGAGAGGGGUCAGGAGUUCAGAAGACCGUGUAGCCUUGAUGAGACGAACUGAUAAGGGGUGUGUCACCCUUCCCUCUCCUCUUCCUCCUCCUCCUCAUCCUCUUCCACUCGGCAGAUAUCGGGCUGUGAACCGUCAUCAGCCACUACUGCCGGGUUGCCCCACCCCUCUCUGCUCCGUCCUGCCCCGCCCCACCCAGUCACGUUCAACCCUGAGAGCCAAGCUCAUGGGCCGUCGAGUUCGUUUUACCAAAGAUCUCUGGAGUAGGGGUGUCCAAUCUUAUCUGAAAAGGGCCGAUGUGGGUGCAGGCUUUUGUUUUAGCCUAACACUAAAACACCCAUUUCAGCUAAUCAUGGUCUUCAGUCAAGAUGCUUAUGAGCACAAUCAGGUGUCUUAGCGCUGGGUUUAAAAUGAAAACCUGCACCCACACCGGCCCUUUUCAGAUAAGAUUGGACACCACUGCUCAAGAGUGUUAGAUUAGUGGGUUUGAAGAUGCGUGCGUGUGACUGUCUUUGUCGCGUUCUUGCACAUGGUGAUCUUGGCUGUCACUGCGGGGCUCUUUACGAUUUUUAAUGACUCCAUUGUGGUGAGGUGGCUUCACGCUUUCUCCUUAACCACACCCACAAACACUCCCACACGAUGACAUGUUUUUGUUCCACUCCAUCCCCCAUCCAAUCACUCCUCCUCUUCACUCCUUCAGAUGGCUGGGGUUCAGAGAAUUAGACUGUUCUGCCCACUAACCCUUCUCUUCUCUGUUCCCCGAUACUGCCCCCCUAACCCCCCCCCCCACACACACACACACACACACACGCACACACACAAACACACAGUUCUCCUGUUUGCUGUCAUUCAGUAUACAUCACUGUCUCUAGCCCCUUUCACACAUGCAGCCCGAAACAUUACUGAGUUUAAUUAUCCCGAUUAGGUCAUGGCUUUCCCUCUUCACUCACAGGUCUCCUAUACGAAACUCUUUACGCAUCUGACCAUUCCGGACAGAUGAGGCAACACAGGAUGUUUAGCCUCCAAAGCAAUGCGUAACAUAUGCUAAUGUUACAUUAGCUCAUCUUUAUAACAGCCAGAUAUUUCACUGAAUAAUACCAACACAACACAUUUGAAGAGUGAUAGUUUUAAGAUGGUAUCGUCUUUCACCGAUAUAGCUCGGUAUAUAAUGGUAAAUCAAUGCUUAAGUGAGGAAUUGUUUCGGUAAAAUACAACAAACAUAAUUCUGUUAGUCAAGUUAGAUAGCCAGCAGUAUCCUCCAUUGAUAUGCGAUAUUUAUCAGGUAGAAAUAUUGUAUAUUACACAAGCAGUUCAUAAGGGCACAAUGCUGUUAAAGCCGUGCCAAGCAAGGACAGUGACGCUGUUUAUUCCACUCCUAAAAUAAAUGUUCAAAUUUCCCUCACAAUCUGCACAAUGCAGCUCCAAUAUCUUCUAUGUGCAAUAUCUCAUUUGUGUUGGAGGGCAGAUUCAAUAAGUAUUUAUUAAAGAUAUUGUGCCAGAAACAAAAGGUCUUGUGUCAGACUGGCAUAGGUUUUUGCGUGCUUUUUGUUCACACUAGAGCUGUGGCAAACCAUUUAGGUAAAUCUUACCAGGUCCUGACCCGGCAGAUUGAAGGAACGUCUUGCAUUGAAAAUGGACUCCUGCUCUGUUCACACAUGAUGCCGACACAGAUGUUGUCAAAACAUUUACGGGUUAAGAAGCUUGUGUGGAAGGGGCUACUGUUAUCCAGUAUAGAGCUCUGUCACUGUUAUCCAGUAUAGAGCUCUGUCACUGUUAUCCAGUAUAGAGCUCUGUCACUGUUAUCCAGUAUAGAGCUCUGUCACUGUUAUCCAGUAUAGAGCUCUGUCACUGUUAUCCAGUAUAGAGCUCUGUCACUGUUAUCCAGUAUAGAGCUCUGUCACUGUUAUCCAGUAUAGAGCUCUGUCACUGUUAUCCAGUAUAGACCUGUCACUCUUAUCCAGUAUAGAGCUCUGUCACUCUUAUCAGGUAUAGAGCUCUGUCACUCUUAUCAGGUAUAGAGCUCUGUCACUCUUAUCAGGUAUAGAGCUCUGUCACUCUUAUCCAGUAUAGGUUUCUCUACAGUCUCAGGCCUCUGGCCUGACAAGGCCGUACUGGACAGAUGGCACAGGAGGGGUUGGGGGUUUCUGUGUGGUUAGCAUUAGCCGUAGCACUUCCAGUGUUGUCUUGAUAACAUGAUGCCACCCUGGAUCCGGACAGGAACGCCUGUUUGAUAGCAGAGAUUUAACCAGGCCUUACGGCUAUGCCCAUUGACUGAUUCACUACCACAAAGAUGACCGAAGAUCGCUUAGCGAUAGCGGAUGUGGUACAGUGAUUUGCUGCAGCGUCAGAUUUUCCACCGUCACGUGUGGCUGGGUAGCAUUUCCCCACUGAGGUCAGUGUCGCCAGGACUGAGCUGGGAGACAAACACUACGUCUGCUGCCCAGAUAAAAGCCGAUAUUUAACACCGAAGCUACGCCCCGUAGCCUUUGUCGCUGAGGCUAGCUUUGUGUGGGGGCUGCUGAAAACCACAGAGCAGGAUUUGAUGAGCAUGAGUCAGCUUUUCAAAGCGCCUUCCUCUCCACCCUGUUAGCUUGCAGCCUCUGCGGGUCGAAACAUUAAAGAUACUGUUCUGUGGUCCGUGCUGGUGGUGCUGAUGUUACAGUGGUACCAUUGUGUGCCCUGACCCGGGUUCUGUUUCCAGGUUCAGAACAAUGUGUAUAGCAGGUCGAGGGAUGCUACGACUGGGGAUUUACCCAGGGUUCCAACUCACACAUACAGAAUUCCAUUGUUUAUUUCAUACGAAUGGGUACCCCCAGAAAUUUCCAAGGGUACACUCGGAUUUGGGAAUAACAGUUCUAUCCGAACCUGCCCCCUUACCUUCCCCACCCUUCCCUGCCUCGUUUUGUUUAUCCUCCAGUUUCCCAGGAUCCUCUGUGGGAGAAAGACGCUAUUUAUGUCUUUGGACAUGCAGUCCUUUUGAUUUGUAUGUUCUGUGAAAUGUGUUGAGGAUUUUUUGAAGCAUUGUUGUUUUCUACUGAAAUAAAAUUUAUGUUGUUGA